AUGCCCAGAGACGACCUUUCCAUCGACUUCGUGGGCAGGAAGAUGCCCCAGAUCGAGCACCAAGAUGCCGCCGCAGUCCUCGACGAGUGGACCAACCGCGUGGCAAACCUGCCCGCAGAGAUUGCUUUCAUGCAGGAGGAGAUAGCAGAGAAGGACCGGCAGAUGCAAGAGUGCCUUACCGUCAUCAACAAACACGAUACCGCCAUCCAGAAAUGGAUUCGCAUUAAUGGGAGUCAUACCCCAAACCCUCGCGAGGAGGCCCUCAGCAAGAUUAUUCUUGAGAAUUACGACAAGGCCAAGAUACUGCAGGAAGAGAAGGUUGCGCUGGCCCAGAAGACGCAGCAGGUUGUCGAUAAACACACACGCUACCUUGACGGCCAUAUCAAGGCUUUACAGGAUAAAGGGGAGUUCCCGAACGAUCCAGAUGUCCCCUCACUCCUACGGCCUCAGACAAAACAAGAGCGCAUCGCCGCUACUCGUCCCGAGCCUGCUGUCGCCGCCACGCCCCUUAACCCGAUCACGGCCAACGCCCCCUCCGCAGCACAUACUCGACAUCCAAACCAAUAUCCUGUUCGGUUGCCCGCACACGUACAAGCUCGCCAGUUGACUGGGCCUACGACGGCAUCUGCCCCUGCUACUCCCGCUGCUCCAAUACUCUUAAACCGACAAGCCCGAGAGUCUUCGCAGGGUGCUGCAAACAAACGGCAGCGUCUAACUGGAGGUCUUGGAAGCCUUCCACCUAGUGGGCUUGCCCGCCACUCUUCGGCCACUCCUGGAACACCACGAGCUGGUACGCCGUCUGGAGGCAGAGCUGGGAGCGCAGGACCCAGGGCGUCAUCAAAAUCUGCGGCCACUAAGAAGGUCGCUCCCCAAGGCAGUAGGCAGAGCGGGGUGCCACGCAAAGGAAAGCCUGUGAAAUCUAGCCUUAGCAGGCUGAAGCGUGUUGGCACUAAGAACUCUCCAUCAUCUACGAAUGAUAGUGAGCUUAGCGAAGCAGAAUCUGCAUCGGCGGAGGAAGAGACUGGGACACCCCCAGCAAGAGGCAGAAAUGCCGAUGAGGACGAAGAGAUGGCCGAUGUUGAGGAGGACGAUGGCGCCGAUGACAAGAAAUACUGUGUGUGUCAAAGCGUGAGCUAUGGCGACAUGGUGGCUUGUGAUAAUGAUAGCUGCCCUUAUGAGUGGUUUCAUUGGACAUGUGUUGGGCUUAAGAGUGAGCCAGUUGGCACGUGGAUUUGCCCUGUUUGCACGAAGAAUACGAAGAAAUAA